AUGUCGCCAGGUGUUCGGGAAAAUGCCGUCAGAUUCCCUCGGCAAAGGGUACGGUUGCCCUACCCGCGUUCAAAGUCUGGAUGCCUAGUGUGUCGGCGUCAGCACAAGAAAUGUGAUGAACGUCGUCCCGUAUGUUCUCGCUGUUUGGCAAAGGGGAAGGAUUGCCAAUGGCCAGUCACUGUUCAGCGUGAGGCCGAUUUCGACAAGUCGCCGUCUUUCAAUGACGCUCAGUCUCCAAUCCGGGAAGGUCCUUCUGAUCCUAGCCCCCGCAGGGAGGAACCCUUCUCUCCGACCUCAACAUCCAACGAUGCUGUAGGGUUUGACGAUGAGGGCCUGCGUUUACCUGCACCUCCCGGUUGCUCCCUGGGCUCUGUGUCAUCCAUGUUUCUAGCCCACUUUGUCAGCGAGACCAGCAAAUACAUGACUAUUGUUAGCCCGGAGAAGAACCCGUUCCUAACGCAUAUUCUCCCCCUGGCUUUCUCCGAUGAGUUGAUAUUCCAUUCAUUACUCGUUCUUGGAGGGGCGCACUUGGAAAGUAGACAAGUCUCUCCGGAAAUCAAUACAUGGGUUUUCAAUUCCAUGCAAGCUGGAGGUGCAAUUCUGCAUAUUCGAGCAGGGAAGAAAAUUAUUCCCCGACUGCUGAGUGCUUCGACGAACACGAGUAGUAUGCGGACACUAUGCGGUGUAACAUUUGAGUUAUAUACCUACCUGGCCCUUGUAACCACCCCUACACCCUAUAACAAUGGGACAGAGUCCGAGCUUGAUACUCGCAACUCUCUUCUGCUGUCUUGGGACCUACUCAAAAAUUACGGAGUUUUUGGCGUCAUUGUUUCUCCGAUUCAUCAAUGUUUGGAGAUCAUCCCGCGUGUGGUUGCCCUUUGCACUCGCCGCCAAGCAGAAUUGACCUUCAACGAAUGUUCUUCGGACAGCUUGAUUCUUUUCACUGAACUGAUGGACAUUAUUGACACUAUAGGUUGUGAGGAUGAUCUCUCCGGAUCCGCGCUAAAUCUUGAAAACCUCCAUAGUCUCUCGAUUUCAGCAGUUUAUCGCCAUGCCCUGACAAUCUUCGCAUACGAUGCUAUGUGGUGUGGUACUAUCGCCGGAGACGAGACCCGGCUGUCAAUCGUUCGCCAGCAUGCGCUCAGUGCGCUGACGCAUAUACCAACUUUGAUGGACACGCAUCACAGGAACAUUCUUCUGUGGCCAACUAUCGUGAUCGGGUCCUGUCUCCUCAAUGAAGGAGAACGGGAUAUAAUUCGAUCGGUAUUAUCUAUUAGGGAGCCGGUAUUUGUGGUUACGAAGAUGGGGAUGAUGCUCGAGAAACUCUGGGCUGAGAAUGACCCUGCCUAUUUUGGACCCUAUGGAUUGCACAAACAUAUGCUGUCACAGGAGACUUUUAUAUAUCUUGCAUGA